AUGUCUGAAUCAGCGGAUUUUGUAACUGCCUUUGAAUUGACUGAGAAUGCUGUUUCUCCUCGUACUGCACAACUUAAAUUUCAACAGCCUGACGUAGCAAGUUCUCCUGGAACGACUCAAGUGAGAGUUAAAAAACCACCUUAUCCUCUAAUAAUUCCUACCACACAAUCCACCAUGUCUGGAAGCAGGAUAAAACUUAAUGCUCCUUCACGAACUACAAAAACCGCUCAAAAACUAGUUUUACUUCCUGAAGAAGCCGAUGUACCACCUAGUGAGCUUUCUGACUAUGCUGAAACGCCUGUCACUCCUUUAGUUCCACACCCUCCAGUUAAUAAUUAUGAUUCUACCGAUGCUGAAAGAAUGCCCAAAGAAAGUAGAGAAAUCAACAAAUAUCCUAGAACUACAAAGAUUUCUUCUUCCACUGCAGUACACUCUCCAAAUGGACAUUCUUUUAUGGAAAGGCAGAUAGAAAAUUUCGAAAAUAAUGAAGUAAAUUCUUAUUUUGUAAUGUCUGAAAAUGAAGAUGGUUAUGAUAAUGUUGGAAUAAGUGAUCCUUUACCAAAACCUACUCAAAAUACACUCUCAAAUAUUGGUGAAGUUUUUUAUUUUGAUUAUGGUGUAGUUGUAUUUUGGAAUAUGACUGAAGAUCAAGAACAAAUGAUUCUUGAUGAUCUUGCUAUGUCAAAUGUUUCGGUUCGUUUAUUAAAAGAUGAUGAUGUUGAAUGUGAGACUUUUCAUUUUCAAUAUGAUCUUAAUUCCACCAGACAACCUAGAAUUUUCAAUGAUAUGAUUACUUUAAAGUCUGAUAAUCAUAUGAUUAAAUUAACUAUCAGUCAUGCUAUGAGUCAAAGUACAAAAUUAACUUUAUAUGAAUGGCAAAUGGAAAAUACUAUCGAUAGGACAAAACAUAUACCAAAAAUGUUGGCUCAAACUGGCCAAAACAUUAUUAAUGCUAUUCGGUUCUUAGCAUAUCUUGAAAUUUCUCAACGGGCUAAACUCCUUAAUGACCGAUGUAAAGUCAUUAGCGAUUUAUUGGAUAUGUUGCGUGAAGAUACUUUGUCCAAUCCGGAACUUUAUCCCCAAGAAAGUACCUCACAAGACCACAAACAGAAAACCAAAGCCGUCUGUCAACGAACCCUGGUUUAUCGGUCACUCCCCCCGUUCAGUUUAUCGCACCGCGCUCUUUUCUCUUUUCGGGCUCAAGAAGCCCAAAGUCGUCCUGUUUCAACUCCUGUUCCAAUGAACUAUCCUCGAUAUCCUGAAGUAUCCCACCCUUCACAAGUAUCUCAAAACUCCGCAUCCACACGAAGAGGCAAUAUGUUUGGUCCAUACCUACUGUUACAAACUUUGGGCGAAGGUGAAUUCGGCAAAGUUAAACUUGGCAUGCACGUGGACACCGGUGAAGAGGAAAAUCUUUUAUUAGAUCGUAAUAGAAAUAUUAUAAUUACUGAUUUUGGAUUUGCAAAUCAAUUCAAUGGUGCUCAUGAUGAUUUGAUGGCUACAUCUUGUGGUAGUCCUUGUUAUGCUGCACCAGAGUUGGUAAUCAGCGAAGGGUUAUAUGUCGGAAGUGCUGUAGAUAUUUGGAAUAAUUUAGAUUUUCCUGAUCAUUUAUAUUUUAUACAGGAAGCUGCAAAUCCGAUGAACUCAUUAGCAUCACAAGAUGCAUAUAUCCAAUCUGGAGUUUCUAUUUCAAACAAUUUCUUAACUACUGAUUAUGCUGUGGAUCAAGAGAACGCUGCUUCUGGUAAUAUUACCGUUAAACGUCAUACUAUUCAAGUAGAAUACGAUUACCCUGAUAAUGAUAAUAAUCAUGAGGGAUAUAUUGAUUAUCCCGAUGAUGAUUUUCAAUUUGUCGAUGGAACUCGUCUUGGUUCGACCAUUGUACCUGUAGCAACAUCAGACAUGAUAUUAGCUGAAGAACAGGAAGAGAUAUUAAUAAAUGAUUAUGACACUACCAAAAAUGAUACUUCACAAAAUCUUGUAGUGGCUACACCAUAUUCUAAAACAGAGAAACACUUUAGUAUAACAUCAACCGGAUCUGGUAAUUCAGAUAAAAGUAGUGGACCAGGAAGUACGCCACCAGGAACACCAUCAACAACUACAAGAAAUUCAGCAAAUGCAGGCAAUGGCUUGUUUACUUUGUUUGAAAGUGAUUCCAAUAAUAAAAAUCAAAUCACAGAUAUUAAAACACCACGAAUUAAUAAUGUAAAUAGUAAUCUUGUUUUACCACCUCCAAAUGACAAUUGCCAAUCGGAUUUACAGAAAAGUUCAUCUCAAACACCAAAAAAGAGGGAUGCGCCACGUACUAGACCUGUGACUGUACAUGGUCCUCCAACGGGAUCCCAAGAUUUUCUAUCAAUGGUACCAGGGUAUAAACAAAAUUCUACAAAUGCAUCUUCGAAUAUUACACAAAAUAACAAUGAUAAUUUACUACAACAAAAACUUCCACCCUCAACCACACCGCCCACCAUGCCUUUACCCGCAAUUCCGGAUCGUCAAGAUUCAUUAUCAUCUGUAAGCCAAAAGAGACAUAAAAAAGCUUCUUCUGAAAAAAUUAUUCAAAAUACAGGAAAUAGCCCAUCGCCAAUAGAAAAUGGAACAUCAGUUACAAAUCACACUAACAAUUCUGAUAUUAUCAAAGAAUCGGCGAUUAAUUCAAGAACUUUACCCUUACAACCAACACAAUUACCACUACCACCAUCUCAAAAUAUUGAUAUACAUUCUGAUACAGCAUCUGAUUCAACUAGUCUUAUGGAUGAUGGUAGUGAUUCUAGGAGUAAGAGAGGUGGUAAGAGGAAAGCUUUGAGCCUUAUGGUUGAAACAUUUAAAGGGCCAAAUAGUCAUUCAGCGCAUAGUAUUGUUUCAAACAAUAAUGUAUCAACAAAAGAUAAAAGAAAAACCCUCGGCAGUGGUAUGUCUUCUAGUAGUUCUAAUGCUGCUAAGAAAGUUAUGGAUUGGUUUAGAAGAAAAUCUUUGGGUAAGCAGGAUCAAGGUGUACAUAUUCAUAACAAGAUUGCUAAGGUUGACAAAACUGGAACAAAUGGAGACAUUUCUACUAAUCAUUCCAAGAGUAAAUCCAAGAGACCAAAAAAUAAUCCGGCAGUAGUUGUUACACAACCUAAUAGUAGUACAAAUUCAACUUCAUCAUCACGCCAGUCUACAAUGACAUCAAUGGCUAAUGUGGACUCUAAACUUCGUUUACAUCAUGGUGCAGUUGAUAAUUUAGCUUUGACAGAGCGACCACCAUAUGAAAUUUUCAUAGUAAUCAAACAAACUUUAGUUAGUAUGGGUAUAGAAAUAAAGCGAGAAGGAGAAUUCAAAGUUGAAAACAAACCAUCUGCUAAAGAUAAGUCUAUAAAGAGCAAGGACACUUUGGCAACAUUAGAAAGUUCUGAAAGUACAUCAGAUUUGUCCAUUGAAAAGAAGCGUAAAAAAUAUACUAAGGAGUCAGUAUCUGCUUCUGCACCAACUAGUCCGACAAUAGGUCCAAUGAUGACAAUUACGAGCCCAACCGAUUGUCCCGCCCCAUCAUUAUUACCAGAAGUAUUAUAUGGUGAUCCGACGACAGAUUCGGGUGAUGAAAUCAGGUUUGCAGUAGAACUAUGUCGUCUUAAGAAUCUUCCUGGAUUAUACAUUGUGGAUAUCAAAAGAAUAAAGGGUAAUCUUUGGGCAUACAAAUUUUUGUAUCAUACGCUUCUUGAAAAAUUGGACUUAAAAGGCAAAGGUGGUUAUUUAACUAUUGGAACAA